GCCUCUACUUUAGUUAAUCCUCUAUGGUUGGAACCUCCUGAUACACGUGUUUUGUGGCAUAGCGGUAUUUCCUCCUUAUUUGUCAGUAAAAAAAUUGAAUAAACAAUGGGUGAAGGAAAACCAAAGAAGGAUGAACCUGAGGAGGGUGCAGAUAUUGAGGGUGCAAAGGAGUCUUAUGAGAAUAAAAUUCAAAACUGCAGUCCUAUUGCGCAGCCCAUGGCCCCAAAGAAACUAACCAGAAAGAUUUACAAAUGUAUUAAAAAAGCUUCCAAACACAAAACUUACCUCAGGAACGGUCUUAAAGACGUCCAGAAACAUCUACGAAAGGGGGAGAAAGGGAUUCUAAUUUUCGCUGGUGACGUAUUUCCAAUCGAAAUAAUGUGUCACUUACCGGUGGUCUGUGAGGACAAGGAAAUUCCAUAUGUUUACGUCCCAACGAAACAAGACAUCGGUACAGCGAUGGGGGUAAAACGAGGCAGCCUUAUGGUCCUCAUAAAAGAGCAUGAGGAUUACAAAGAUGAGUUCGAAGCUGUGAAAGUAGCGAUCAAGACCCUCUCAUCUCCACUCUAAGAGUUAAAUAGGAUUAAUGGGGAAGUAUAUCAUAAUGAAAAAAAAUAAAAUAGAAGCGUGAGGAAGAAAAUAAUUUUAUGUAUAAUUGCUUAAGGUAUAAGACACUCAGGUGUAAAUAAAUGAAACAGUCUCAAUUUUA